AUGGCAAACGCAUCGACCACAACGACAAGUGCCGGCGCCGAACGGAGGAAGGCCGCCCCAAAUGGGGAGAUCAGGCUCAAUGGCGCCGCUGCGGCCGACAGAGCACAGGAAGAGACAGACCAGAAGGAGCAUGACUUCUUUUGGACUUACACGGAGGAGCCGCACCGGACAAGACGGCUUGCCAUUAUCAAGGCUCACCCAGAGGUCACCAAGCUCUGCGGCCCUGAGCCAUUGACCAAAUAUGUCGUCGCCUUCGUCGUCGGACUGCAGUUCCUCUGCGGCUACAUACUGAAAGAUACCUCGUUCUGGUCAUGGAAGUUCUGGGCGCUUGCGUACGUUGUCGGCGCAACCGCCAACCAGAACCUCUUCCUCGCGAUCCACGAAAUCAGCCACAACCUGGCCUUUAGAUCACCACUGGCAAACAGGAUGUUCGCAAUCUUCGCCAACCUGCCCAUCGGGCUGCCCUACAGCGCAAGCUUCAGACCCUACCACCUAACGCACCACAAGAGUCUGGGCGUGGAUGGCCUGGAUACCGACCUUCCCACCGCCCUCGAGGCUGUGGUCCUCGACUCGAUCUUAGGCAAGGCUUUCUUCUGCACCUUUCAGAUCUUCUUCUACGCCAUCCGGCCUAUGUGUGUCUUCCAGAUCACCUUCACCUGGGUCCACCUCCUCAACCUAGUUGUGCAACUUGCAUUUGACUACAUCGUGAUUACGUCCCUGGACAGCUACAAGCCUAUCUUGUACCUCCUGCUCAGCUCAUUCCUGGCUGGAUCGUGGCAUCCCACAGCCGGUCACUUUAUUUCAGAGCACUACGUCUACGAGUCGGUUACCCCUGAGGCCAGGAACCCUGACAACAACAUCCCAGUGCCGGAGACGUACAGCUACUACGGCCCGCUCAACAUACUUACUUACAACGUGGGAUACCACAAUGAGCACCACGACUUCCCUGCUGUUGCGUGGACCAAGCUGCCCAAGCUGAGGGAGAUCGCGGACGAGUUCUAUGCGCCACUGCCGCAACAUGAUAGCUGGGUAAUGGUGCUCUGGCGGUUCCUUUGGGACGAGAAUGUCGGUAUCACGAGCCGGGUGAAGAGGAAGAACGGCGGACGCAAGUUCCAGUUUACGAUUCACACAAAGCCUAUUGAGAUUGACUUCUUAGUUUCAGCCAUGGUAUCCUUCCAAGACGGCAUCGCCGUAAAACAGAAAUCAUCUCAUGAAUAUGAAGCCUAUUUCCACGACAAUUGGUGCAUCGGCUCAGUCCCGCACGGAGGAUACAUCACGAGUUGUUUCCUGCAGGUAGCAAAGACGCACUUCUCGAAGACGUUAUCGAGACAAAAUCAGCCACACACAAUCACCUUGCACCUGGAGUUUGUCAGGAGGACCGAGGUCGGCCCCGCGACGUUCAAGGUCCGCGACGUCAAGCUCGGCCGGCUGACCUCGACGGUCCACAUCUCGCUCUUCCAGAAGGGCCGGGAGGAGGUCAUAGGGUACCUCACGAACUCGAACAUCCCGCAGGAACAGGGGCCGUCUUUCGACACGCGGUGGCGCCUCGAGCCGCCCCGGCGACCGGUCAGCCUUGCCGCCCUCGGCGACGGGUCAGACGCAGAAUGGCAGGAGCAGAAGGCGAUGCCCUUCGCCGACUUUAGGAAAGCGUCCAAGAAUGUUCGUUUCUUUUUUCCCAAAAAGGGACAACCGGAGCGCAGCGUCGCCGACCAGUGGAUGGCCUUCAAGAACGGCGAACGGUUCAUCAACGCCAGCUUAGGCCUGGUGGCCGACAUGUUCCCACAGAUCGCCGAGGCGUACAGGGCGGGCGCUGAUCCGUACGCCGUCGGUCCCGCCAAAGACAAAGGCGACAGCGCACAAGCGGCGGCGGCGAAGAAGGGCUCAGCCAAGUUCUGGUACCCGACCUUGCUGCUCAACCUGGACGUGAAGAAGGCCCUGCCGGAGGAGGGCGUCGACUGGCUGUUUGUGCGGACGAGGGCCAAGCAGAUCCGGAACGGUCGCUACGAUCUCGAAAUCGUCGUCUUGGACGAGGCUGGUGAUAUCGUGGCCCUCAGUCACCAUGUGUGCAUGAUCCUACCAGCAGCGCGUAAUCUUGCAACGCGAAGCGCAACGAACAAAGAGGCAAAAUUAUGA